AUGUUCUACUGCAAGGGAAAAAUACGAUACCCGAAUCUUUCUUCUUUGCUGAAGAAAAGUGGUCACCAGCUGCGGUUCAAUUAUAGUCUGCCACACACGAACAUCAACGACGACAACAUCGAAGCGGUGGGUAGACAGCUGGACGACCAGCAGAUAAACUAUGCAAAUAAGGUCAUCUCCAUCAUCAAAACACCGGACGAGGUGAAAAACGAGUUGCAAGGAUUUGUUCAUGCGGAUUUCACAAACUUCAAGGAACUGACUGCACCUGGGGUGUCGAACCAGAAAAUCUUGUCUCGAAAUGUUGAGUACAAGAGCAUCAACAAGCUAAACGAGAUACUCAGCGACAAUCAGGUGAAGAAGGCCUUGGAAUUGGUCAAAUCGAACUACAAGCAAGGCAACUUCCUCACCUUUGUCGAGUUCCAGAACCUAUUCAUACAGUUUUUGCCGUUCAACUGGUACGCAUACAGGUUGCUGAAACUAUACGAGACCAAGUACGACCUCACCUCUGUACAUACCAAAGUGCUGGCCCUUGUUUUAAAGAUCUCCUACGCUAACUUCGAUUUCAAGCUCUUUGACCGGUCGUUCCAAUCAUUUCAGACGAAGAGUGACAAAAUCCCCGUCGACAUUUUGAUGUCUGCCAUCCAGGUGUAUUUGAAAACCGAAAACAUACAAAUUGCAACACAGCUUUUCAACCAGCAGGUUAUGACGGAAGAAGAUCUACCGCCGAGAAUUCUCGAUCUCUUCAUUUCGAACCUAUACAAUCAAACAAGAAACAUAAACCUCUGUUUCUCUUCCUACCGGCUAUGGCUCUCGAAGAAGCUAGACACAAAUAUAUCAAUUGAUUCGUUCAUGUAUAACUUGCUGCUCGAAUCGGGCAACACAGAAGAUAUCAGCUGGAUCGAAAAGUCUCUGAAAGAUCGAAAUAGAUACGAUAAGUUCGUCAUCCGUUUUGGCAACUUAUGCAAUGACUUAUCGAAAAACUACAACAGCUACAAUACAUUCAUAAACUCGGAAGAGCUCCUCAAAUUCAAAAUUCUUGCUGAAAGAGAUAAUGAGGUCACUUCUUUGUUGAACAACCUAACCUAUCUACAUUUGCGACAUCGGAACUAUGAACUAGCACUAGAGACUUUCAAACAAGUCGACAACAGGAAAGAUUUCCAGUUGACUAUAUUCUCAAUCUUGAGACAUUUCGAAAAGGAGCAAAAGCCAGAAAUGAUCUACAGCGUCUUGAAGAAUUUGAAGGAACAAUCCAAUUAUAGAAUACAUUGGUCUCAGAUUUUAAUAUACUGGAGAUCGGUCAUAAAGAAAUACCCUCAUCUAGGAUUCGAACUUCAAAAAAAAUUUAAGAAAUCUUUGAAACGAUCGAAAUAUCACAGGUUUGGAUUUCUAUCCAAAAUGUUGCUAGUCAAUAAGCAAUCGAGUAAUGGAGCAACCCUUGAGAUCAGGUAUUACCCCAUAGUAAAGUACGACAAUCUGGAAUUCGAUAUCAAGCCACUACCUGCUGCUCCUAAGUUACAGAACAUUGAAUCCAGACUCGUGGCUGGAAUCUUACCUAAUAGUGAGCUUCUCAGAAAAAGUGUCAAACUCACCAAUGAUAAAUUUGAAUUCGAUCGAUUGGUUGAAAUUGCAAACCAGCUUCAAUUGAGAACCUCUAAGAAUACAGCACAAGUGAAAAAUAUUAAACUGAACGUUGAGAUAUUUUACAAGGAAUGUUCGUUUGGUACGAAGUUAUCAAUGAAAGAAUUCAUCAAUGAGCAGCUAAAUAUCAUCGAUGAUACCAAGUUUGUUGAUGAUCAAGAUCUUUGUGAGUUAUUCAAGGUUUGUGUCAAAUCCGAAUUUUACGAAGAAAGUGUGUUUGUUCUUUCUUUAUUGGAAGAAUAUAAGGUGAAAAUCGUUGGUGAUCAGCAAAUACUGAAAUUUCUGUCCAUGUUCAUUAAAUGGUGCUGGAUAAACAAGGAUUUCAAAGAUCUACUAACCAUUUUGGAAUGGUUGAAAAAUCAAACUGAGUUUACCACCGAUAAGUACUUCUGGUCGAAUUUGAAAAAUGCAGCUUCGAAGAAUGUAUCUCGAAUAGAACGGGAGUUCUGCGAUAUUUCACAUUCGAGCUUCACCCAAGAUCAAAUCGUAGCUUUGGGGGAGGAAAAAACAUACAUCGAGAAGGUUUUGCCCCACGUGAUGAACUAUUAUGAUUACACGUUAGAUAAGAUCAAAGAUAAGAAUCUUGAAAGAAGUGACUUGGUUAUUGAUCAUAGCUUUCGUUGCUUCUCGCAAAUGAUCAAGUGGGUUGACGAGGACACGGAAACGAUGUUCGAAGGCGAAUGGUGA